CAUAUAUAUUAUAAUAUAUACUAAUUUAGAAUUGAAAACAAAAUGUUUAUAUAAAAAUAAAUGAAAAAAACCCGCACGGUUGCGCGGAUCGAUAUCUAGUUAUUAUAUUAUUUUAAAAGAAAUAUUAAAAGAAAAAUGAUGGAUUUUAAGAGAAAUAUUUUAAGAAAAAUAGAUAGUGUUUGGAGAAAUAGAAAUAUUUUAAGAGAAAUAUUUUAAGCGCAAUUGAUUUCAUUGCCAAUGAGAUAAAUAUUUCAUAGACGAUUUCAAUUAAAUAUGCCUGUGUAUAUUGCUAUUUUUAAAUUUAGUAUAUAUACCAUUAUGUUAGUAAAAUCUAUUUGGAAGUUAUAUUUAUGUGGUUACGCGAACUCCAUCAGCGUACGUUUCAUACACCAUUUCCAAUCGAUUAAUAAUUACCAAGAAAAAAUUACAUUUGAGUGCCUACAAAUAAGAUGAACUAAUUAUACAUCUUGCUGUAACUAUUUAUCGAUUCUAAGGUAUAUAUGAUAGUAGAUCAUUACGUACCUCCUGAUGAUUGUCAUAAUUGUGGUUCUAAGUGAGUUGCCCCCUGUAUGCGCCUAACUUCGAGAUGUCAACGUCCCGUGACUUCAAUAACAUAUAAGUUGGUCAAACAAGCAGUAAUCCACAGAUUACAGAUUACAGUUAAGGGAAAUAAAUGUUGGAAUAUUUUCAUGUUGCCACUAUACAUUCAACUCUAUUCGUAAAAUGUACAAGAAAAGGUAAUAAUACAAUACAUAGACGGCAUGAAAUUAGGUAGGCUUUUAGGCUAGAUUUAAAAUUGUAACAUGGGAUUUUGGGUCCCUAAUAAUCAGUUAUACUUGUUUUUUAUUAAGUCACAUGAUUAAGCAGCUGACUCUACCGAUCGAAUCUGAUUAAUGAAAAUAGAAAGAAUGUGUUUGUAUAAACAAGAGGAAAUAUUUGUUCUAAAAAAACAGAAAAUAUUUUGGCAAUUUUACAAUAUCAAUAAUUUGUCCUUUUCUCUCGUAUUAUGUGUAAUGACUUUUUUCUUUGCGAGAUUCUCUGGCAAUAAUGACACUUAUUGGAAGAAAGGAAAUGUUAUCUUAGUUUACGAAAAUAUAAAUUUAUUGUUUAUUGUCUUACGAAAUAAUUUUCAGAUGCUAGAAAUGAUUGGCAUUACAUAUAUACCCACCAAAAGAUUUGACCAAAAUUUGGCUGAUAGUGUCAUAAUGUCAUGUCAGUUUAAUUUUAUUUAGCCCACUUGGUAUUCAUUUAGUUAAUUGUUUGUACAAACUAUAUACAUUAAGUGUUCAUAAAUUGAUAAAAUCUAUAAAUAAAAAUAUUGUAUCCUAAUUUGAGCCAAUUUAUUCUUUCGAAAAAUACUUUUUAGUCAAUUUAAAAUGCAACAAAUUUUGAAAAAUAAUAGAAGAGCAUACUUAACAAACUUACACAAAUAUAACUAAGAAAAGUUACUGAUACUCAUAUAAAACCAAUUAUAUUGGUCUCACCUCUAGUUUUGUAUUCGUAAAUUGUAUUAUAGCUGAAAAAAAUAUUGAAAUAUUAUAUUAUUCAUGUGCCGCGCGUAAUACUAGUUAGUUGGUUACUAUCUUGAGAAGAUGAGAAGCAAAUAUGGGUUGGUCAAACGCAAGAUCACAAAGUCAAAUGAGUUUUUUAAGAGAGAAUUUUUUGAUUAGCUUAGAGGAGUUUGUUAUUCCAUUUUCCAUGUUUCCAUGUGAUGAUAUACACAUAUUCUGCUUCCCAAUCGUAUUCCUUAUAAAUAUUUCUCUUAAUUAUUAUUUUCGAAUAAAACACAAGCAAAAUCCAAUAUUCGCCCACUCGAGAAUAUUUUAUUGUCCACUAUAAACUAUAUGUACUUGUACGUCUGAAUUCAACUGUUUGUAGCGUCCUGAAUUAUGAUGAAAUAGCUAUACUUUUGACGUUAAAUUUGAUUUAUUCAUCAUUAUGUUAUGAACUACCAUCCAACUGAAGCUAACGGAUCAUGGCACACAUGAUAUAUGUAACAUGUGGAACAAAAGCAUGCACGUAUAUCACAUAUGCACGCAGUAAACUAGAACAGUACACUAAACAUGAUAGUAAAUUUAAACCAUCACUCCAUAUGAAUAUUUUUUUUUAAAAUGUAUAUCUCCGUCAGUGGCGAACCUAGAUUAGCCAAGAAGGUGGCAAGUGCCCCAUAAAAAAGGAUUCUACAUUCACCACUGUUAUCGGUGCAUUAAUGUUAAUUCUCGAGGUUUCUAGGAAACGAGAACACACCAUUACCCAAGUCUGGGAGUAUGGUAAUGUGAUCAGUUCCCUAAAUCUUUUUAGUUUUCACUUUCUAAUUUCUCAAUCAACGAGAAUCGAACACGCCUUCAGUUUUGAUUCUCUGCAUCAGAUUAACCAAAAAGAUAGUGUAUAGAUAUUAAAAUGAAAAAGAUAGUGUUUAUUUAAAGAAACAUUCAGCAACUACGUACCAUUAUCCAUACAUGUAUACAUGUAAAUGUAAUCAUUAAAUAAUAUAUAGUGUUUGUGUAAAUGAAAUCAUCAUUUAAUAAAAGUUACAGUACGUACAAUUAUUUUUAUACUGAGAGAUCAAUCACUUUUAUUAUUGUUUUCUGACUUUGUAAUUUAUAUACGCCUGUCACAACAUAAACUUUGGUAUGUAUUGCCAAUUUCUACAAUUCACUUCGUGGACUAAAAAUCAUAAACAUGAUAUUAUCAGGAUCCCGUACGUAUGUUAAUUAGAUUCUAUGAAUCAUUCUAACGUGUAAUUAGAUACAGUUACAUAUUACGAGAUAGUUACAACGAAAUGUGCUUUUUGAUAAAUGUGCUUUUUCAACAUAUCAAGUAGCGAUAUGACUUUGGUAAACGAGUUAUGAUAUAUUCUGUACAAAUGGUCGGUGAAACUAAAGGUAAGAACAUCCGAAUUUUCUCGAGAACUUCUAUUGAUCAGUUCCGUUUAUCAUAAUUCAAAAAGAAAAAAAUUCUGUCUAUCAUCCGAUUGUAUAUGACGAAGCUAAAUAAACUAAAUUCCCUGCCAAAGCAAGCGCAUGUUGGUUCUCCUCUAGAUUGGUGCAUUUCAAAGAUAUCUUGCUUAGCAUAUAAUUCAUGAUAUAAAUAGGAAUAUAAAUAUAAGAGACCCCAAAAAAUCAAAUGAAUUGUGUAAAGUAACAGAUUAUUGAUUAGGUAAUAUUAAUUUUUAAAACAAUUAUAUUUUGUAUCAAUAAAUUUACUAGUUUUGUAGAUUCUGACUGUAACAAAUUGUCUUAUCAAACAACAGUAUGAAAUUGCAGACAAAGGUCUCAGGAAUGUUGUUGUUCUAACAAAAUAGUUUUAUAUAUAGUAUGGUACUAACUUAAAUUAUUCCUAUUUAUCACCAUCGGUAGUUGAUUUGUAUAAAAUCUUACAGCUUAAUUCCCAUUGGCACUCUAAGUUCGAAUCACUAAUGGGCGAAUGAGCAAUCGCGUCAUGUUCUCUCAGUUAAGAAAAAGUUAACAUCUUCCAAUAAUUUUUCUGAAUUAUCUAUCCAUUCGUAUACAAAUAAAGUCAAUUUGUUCGAACGUUCAUGCUUGUUGCUUAUUUCAAUAAAUUUGUACGUUUAAUUUGGAAAUAUGCAACAUUCCAAUGAAUGUCUUAACAACCAAAUUAUAUACUUAUAAGAAUAGAUAGGUUCAUUGGAUCUUGAUAACAGUUUCACUUCACCACACACAACAAAAAAAGACGGAAAACUACAAAUAUACUAUAAAUCUAUUUAAAAUUCAGAGUUUCUAGAUUCUUUUCUCAAGUAUGUUAAUACGAAGGUCUAAUAAAUGGGUGUAACGGCUUAUUAUUCCUUUUAUAAUAUUCGAGUUUUCCCUAAUAAUAUGUGUAACAAUAUACAAAUGAUUUGGCGUUUUGGUUUAAACCGUUAGUUCAAUCAUCUCACUCGGUGAUAUACAUUCAAGUCCUAACCAACCAUCAUUAGGACAUAUAUAUAUAUAUAUUAUUUACAAACAAUUUCAAAUCUAUGACUAACCAUACUAGAUAGAUACAUACAUUGAAAAAGCUAUAGAACUAUGUAUAAUCUAGUAAUCUAGUAUCAGUACCUAUCAUCAUAACCUUAUUAUCUAAAACUCGAUUAUGCAAUAUGCAUAAUUACUCGUUAAUCGCUCUCGAGGUGUAAGUAUUCUGUCAAGUAAGUUGCCAAAAAAAAAGGAUCUUUUUGUUAUAUAUCAGAAUAAUCACUGUAAACGAAGUAAAAUAUAAAAUCCAUUGAAGUAGGAUUCAUGCGUUUAGAUACAGCCAAAACUAUACUAAUCCGAAUUUCAUUUUGAUUCAAAGUUCUAACAGAGAAAUAAUAGAAACCAAAACACACAUAUUGUCGUUAAAUGUUACUACUAGUUUUACCAUCAUUUGAAACCAAUAGUAUACUUUCUUUUAAUGAACACAAGAUAAUCUUUGAUGUGGCGACGAUAUCCAUUAACCCUAGGUCAAUGAAAAGCCACAAACUAUUGUUAUUUUAUUUUAUAAACAUACAUAAUAAUAUAUGUAUAUGUAUAUGUUUGGGGUGAGAUCCAUUUCAUUUUUUUAUUUUUUCUAUGAAAUUAAUCUAUUAUUCUGUGGACUUGGGAAGUCUGUGGGAUGUGUAGUCACUCUUGAUGGAGGUUUAACCACGUUGCCUCAAAUUCCACAGCUUCGCAGAAUUCUAAGUUUUAUCUUUUGAAAGAAAAGAUGAUUUUUUUUUUAAUUUUAAAAACAAACAAUUUUAAACUUAAAUUGUAUCUACGACUGGACUACAAACUAUUUAUCUCCAUAUAUCAUCCUCUAUAGAUUACUCCGAAAAAAAAAUCAUUUAUGGGAGAAGUGUUCCAAAUAAAAGAAAUCUUUACAAGAUCAAGACUAUAAGAUACAUAUAUAGAAUGAAGGGGUAGGGAAAAAAAUAUUUUGUCGUUUGAAUUUUUAUAUUUCAUACAUUAUGAAAAGUUUACAAAAUACUACUAUCUUUUGUCAUCAAUACUAGUAUUUUCUAUGAUCAAUUUUAUCUAUUUGUACUACAUUUGUUAUGUAAACCUAUAUAUUUAACAUAUUGAACCACUGUGAAUAAUCAUACUUGUAUCACUUCAUCAGUUAAAAUAGUUUAUAAGAACUUACCUCUAUUAAUGUUAAGUUGUCAGAACUGAAAAACGUGCCAAAAAUCUUUUUAUGUAGAAAGAUAACGAAUUACUUAGUAAAUUACCAAAUUAAUUUUUUUUUGGUAGGUGUAAAUUACCAAAUUAAUAAUCCACAAGAAUAUGUAUUCUGGAAAUAAAUAUUGAUGUACAAUAAAAAUAAAGUUAUAUCUAAAAUAGGUAUAUUAAUAAAAGUACUGAUAUAAAUUUGUACGUGAACAAGUUUUUGUUUUGAUGAAUAGUUUUUAAGUGACAACUGCGAUAUUUUUAAAGAAAAAAUCACAGUUAUCUAUUUUCCCCUAGAAAAGGACCAAAGAGGAGCAAAAAGAACCCCGAUGGACCUUUCAUGUUUUUACGUAUACAUGAUCAUGUAGCGAAAUGCGUUGUCAUGUCUCUUCAUUAGAAUCGAUCAUACAAGUAACAUAUAUGUUUGUAUCUCUCUUUUUUCCCUUACUUGAUUCCCACGUUGGUAGCAACCUGACAUCAAACUUAAUUAUCUUGUUUUCUUUCCCUUCUCAAGUGUAUAUCCAAAUUCAUGUCUCUCCCCUCUCAAUACGCUACGGACUUCUUUUUUCACUAACAGCAAUUUAAAUAGGUUGUAAUAUAUAUUAGUGAUGAAUGAGGAUGUUCACGUUAGCUAGAUCGAAAACAUUUUGAUAAAACCAGAAAAAUUUAAACAUAUGACCACUUCUCUUAGUAAUUGAAGGAGCUCCAUCUAGUAUACGUAAUUCGUAUAUGACAUGCAAGGAAAGAGGUUGCAAAAAUAUUGAACCACUUUUCUUGUCAUUAAUUAUUGCAUUUGUUGGACAAGGAUUAAACUAAUAGCAAUAAGUAUAACAUAUGAGAGAAAAAUUAACAAAUAAUAGUGGGGGUGCAAGCUUAUUAUUAGAGAAUUAAAUAACAUUAAUCAUUUUGAAAUAAAAAUAAAUUAUUACUAUUUUUAUAAACACCAAUUUGCUUCAAGUCUUCUUCUCUAUUUAUACAUCUUCUCCAAUCCAACAAAAGGCACACACUUUACACUUAUAUACACUAAACCUUCCAUCAUCUUGUCCUAGAAAGCUCUCCAGAAUCUGAAUAUUUCUUUUGUCACACAUUCAUUUGCUUUUGUUACUCAGAACAAGACAGAAGUAACUUCCUAAACUCUGUUUCAAGAUGCACAGAAACAAUAACAAGAAGUCUCUCAACAUCUCGAGCAUGUUCCAAACCUUCAUCCCUGACAGCAACAUUUUCUCCCGACGCUGCAUUUGGGUCAACGGUCCCGUCAUCGUCGGAGCCGGCCCAUCGGGCUUAGCCGUAGCCGCGGGCUUGAAACGCGAAGGAGUGCCGUUUAUAAUCCUCGAGCGAGCCAACUGUAUCGCAUCUCUGUGGCAAAACAGAACAUACGAUCGUCUCAAACUCCAUCUCCCCAAACAGUUUUGCCAGCUACCAAACUUCCCCUUCCCUGAGGACUACCCGGAGUACCCUACCAAGUUUCAGUUCAUUCAGUACCUUGAGGAGUACGCAACGCACUUCGACAUCAAUCCUAAGUACAACGAGACGGUCCAGUCAGCGAAAUACGACGAGACGUUCGGGCUGUGGAGGGUCAAGACCAUUUCUAAGAGCGGGCAGCUCGGUUCUUGCGAGUUUGAGUAUAUCUGCAGGUGGCUUGUGGUGGCUACUGGUGAGAAUGCUGAGAAAGUUGUGCCGGAUUUUGAAGGUCUUGAGGACUUCGGCGGAGAUGUUCUUCACGCCGGAGACUACAAGUCCGGUGGAAGGUACCAAGGGAAGAAAGUUUUGGUCGUUGGAUGCGGAAACUCAGGAAUGGAAGUCUCUCUCGAUCUCUACAACCAUGGAGCAAACCCAUCAAUGGUCGUUCGCAGCUCCGUAAGUUCCAAAGUCUCAGUCUUUAUAACAAAAACAGAGUUUUUUCUACUCUGUUUUCAAAAACAGAGUUUUGCUUGCUACUCUGUUUUCAAAAACAGAGCAUCUUGUCUAAUACUCUGUUUUGUUUCCUUCUUGAUUUAUCAGGUUCAUGUGCUACCAAGGGAGAUUCUUGGGAAGUCCACGUUCGAGCUAGGAGUCACAAUGAUGAAGUGGAUGCCGGUAUGGCUCGCGGACAAGACACUGCUCCUACUAGCUAGGAUAGUGUUGGGGAAUACCGACAAAUACGGUCUGAAAAGACCGACAAUCGGACCGUUGGAGCUGAAGAACAAAGAAGGUAAAACACCGGUUCUUGACAUCGGAGCACUACCAAAGAUCAGAGCGGGAAAGAUCAAGAUCGUCCCGGGGAUCAUAAAGUUCGGUCGAGGAAUGGUCGAGCUAGUCGAUGGACGUGUUCUUGAUAUUGAUUCCGUUAUUCUAGCUACUGGUUACAGAAGCAACGUCCCUUCAUGGCUUAAGGACAAUGACUUCUUUUCCGAUGAUGGGAUACCGAAAAACCCGUUUCCAAACGGGUGGAAAGGAGAGGCGGGAUUGUAUGCGGUCGGGUUCACGAGAAAAGGAUUGUUCGGCGCGUCGCUGGACGCAAUGAGUGUGGCUCACGAUAUUGCAAACAGGUGGAAAGAAGAAUCUAAGCAACAGAAGAAAACUGCUGCAGCUCGUCAUCGUCGAUGUAUCUCACAUUUCUAGUUUGGGAAAUAAAAAAAUAUAUUAGGGCAAGAAAAAAAUAUACAAAAAUGGAGAAUGGUAAAUUAGUAUUUGGAUGAAUGUGAACAAAAAAAAAAGAUCAAAGAGAUAAUUAAGCCCUCUCCCCCAGAAGAAGAAACCCAAAAACAAAAAGUGUGAAAAAUAAAAUAUAGUUGGGUUUUUUUCUUUGUGUUUAAGGAAGAUGUGGCUUUUUAUAUAUAUGUAUUCUGAUUUUAUUAUUUUGUUUUUGAGAGUGCUUUGUUUUCUUGUUUUUGUGUAUUAUGUUUCUUCUUCAUUUUAGAUUUUGAACUCUGUAAAAGUUUUGCUUAAUCUAAUAUGACAAAUGUUAUUUUGUUAUUUUUUAUCUUGAUGAUUUUUUUAAUUGAUUGAGCAAAAGAAGGAAGAAAAAAGAAUGAAACAACUAAGAUCAUGCUGUUUCAUUAUUGGAAGAAUACUCUCAUACGUUAAGAGCUGUUAUUUAGGUGUUUUAGGAAUCAUUAUACUAAUUUUGUAAUGAUUUAAUUUGACAAAUGAUUGAUUACACAUGAUUAUCUUGGACCAUUAAUACAAAAUAACAUGAUUACUCAUAUCCCAGGGAACAAAACAUGCAUUUAUGGAUUUAUGUAGGAUAUGCAAAAUCCAAUAGCGAUGCAAGUGAUCUGAUAACAAGGGAAAAAAAAAACAAAAAAACAUAUAUCUACCAUUAGAGGAUCAUUUAUCAUACGGGAAAGGAAACUA